AUGGUAACGCAAUCAGACUCGAUUGAGCGAAUUGCUGCAGUACAUGAUUGUACUGUUGGUGAUCUGAUGAAGAUGAAUCGACUUACAACGCGAAUGGUAUUCCCCGGACAAAAGCUUCUUGUACCUUGUCCGGUCGAUGAAAAUGUUAUUUCGGGAAAUCAUCGCUCUGCAAAUCAAGCUACAAUAGCUUCAGGAAGCAACGCACAUUCAAGUGAAAGAAGUGGAAUUCCACGCGGACCUGGAAUGGCAGUUCAAGUAUGUGGCCGUGCUGCAAUGACAUCGGAACCUUCAAAAACUGAACUGGAAAAACAAAAUGUGUCUAAAAUAUGUUCGAAGGAAGUCGAUUUGGCAGAAGAAGAAGCUGACACGGAUUGUAUGAAGAAAUUCAUCAAGCUAAAGGUGAAACAAAUGACUGAAAUGGAUGGAACAGUGACAGGCACUUUGCUGGUGACACCUAAUGCCUUAAUGUUCGAUCCGGAUGUUGUACAUCCUCUGGUUCUUGAGAAUGGACAGGAUUUAUAUAUCAUGAUGGCUCGGAUGGAAGAAGUGAUGUCUGUGACAAUGUUUAAGAGUGCGACGGUAUUAAGCGAUGUUAGGAACGAUGGAGAAGUUCAUGAUCUCACUCAUCAAGAUUCUUCCAUUCCUGAAUGUUCUACUAUUCCUGCAACUGAGAAAAUUGUGAACAAAACAUCGAAGAAUUUGGUCGAUGAAAUUUGUAAAAAUACAGUUCGUCACUUGCCAAGAAUUUUUUUUGAUGACAUGGAUUUAGAAAUGAAGCGAAAAGGAAGUCAAGAGAUUGGACAUAUAGUUGUUAGGUCAGAUUUUAAAUCUACCCUGGCUGUCAAAAAAGGAAAUAAAUUAGAUGAAGCUACGACAAAUAUAUCUCGACCACGCAGCUAUUCUGAUCUGUGGAACGAUCCGAAACAAUUUACAUGGCAGAAAGAUGAUGAAAUGAACAGAACGUUUGUUUCUAAGAGUGGUGAGAACAAGCAGCAGUAUUCUUCGCAGCCUUCAACCAGCAUGGACAGUGCGCGUACUGGGUUAACCUUUAAUCCAUUUUCUAAGCUAGGGAGGACGUUAAGUACUCAUGCAAACACAAUUCGUGGAUCGGUGACUUCUGGGGCCGAACGUAUGACACACUCAGCAGUAAGUGGAACAAAAUCAGUUGCUCAAGGUGUUGUUUCCCAGAGCAAAGCUGUUGCAGGUACACUACAGACUGGUAUCCAAACCAGUGUUAAAGUAGCAGCAAGCCAUGCAAAAACCGCUGUUGGUGCAGUAGCUGCUAUGCCGCAGGGUAUUGCGAAUAUGGGUAGCGGUUUGUUCUCUGCAUCACAACUUCCUGAAGCAACGUUUCUUCAAGAUAAAGUUGUUUCAAAGACACAAGAAGAGCAGAAUUUGGAUACACUAUUGUUGUUAAAAGAAAAGACUCAGAAGCUGCGGGAGGAAGCUGUAAGAAACAAGCACGCGACAUCAGUUGACGAGAUGCUGGACUUAUUCAAACCCAGUCACGAACUUCUUUCUCCAGCACAAAUAUUUUCAGCAGCUGAAAAAAAUAUCCCAACCGAUUCACUGUACUAUAUGAAUGUUCAUCUCAACAAGAAAAAAAAGUAUGACAAAGUCGAUACUUCAUCUUCAGCGACCACUGAUGUGAUCGCUAAUCGUGCAAGGGAAGAAUUUUGGUUUGCUAUACCAAAGCAUAAAGUUGAUGCUAUUUAUCAUUUCUUAUUGCAGUGGAAUCCUGAGAAAUAUGGGUCUAGUACGCAGCAAAUGCAUCCAAACGAAUCAAUCGAUCGGCAGAGAGUGUGCGAGAUGCUUGAAGAUUCUGGAUUUGUGGCCUUGGAUUCAAAAAUUAGUGAAAAAUUUGCAGUGGAUAUCAAUUUCCUGAUUGAAAGACUGAAAGUGUUGAUUCUAUUCCCUCGAAAAAUUAUUUUUAGGAAAGAUGUGGCUGAUUUGAUUAAUUUAUAUAGUUUCAUGUUUUCGGCAGCAUAUUUCAAAGAUUAUGUUAGUGUCUCUGUGGAAGUCACACAAAGCAAGAAAUUCAAUUCGAAGACAGCUACUCUUCAUAUUGUGCGCGGUAAGAAGAGAAUUCCUUGUUCAAUCAAUCUAUAA